UUUUGUUUUUGUGUCUUACUGUAACAGUCGAUAGGAGAUUUCCAUUCUGAAAAGUCGUUGAUUUACUGGUGUUUUUUGAAUGAUAAGACGGGAGUUUUUGAGUUGAGUUGAUUUCAACCAAGACUAAGAAAACAAUAGAAAUUGUUUAUAAGCCAAUUCAGCAAAAUCCAUUAUGCACGCAAACUUACAUAUUUUAAUCGAAUUGUGAUAACUUUUGUUGUUGUUGUUGUUUUUUAAGUUUCGUUUAAGUUUUGCGAUUAGAUAAAUUAUAAAAAUUAUUAUUUUACAAACAAAAAUCAGUGCCUGAUUGGGUGUACUUUUAAACGUUGCCGUGUGCUGUCGUGCGAGUGUCUAAUAGAGCCUUGACAUGGAAAAUAGCACUGUGGAAUUCAAUAUUCGAGUAGGAUAUACGAGUGAAGAUGCUAAGAGAUUAGCCGAGACUGAGUUGCGUGAAACGCCUGAAAUUAAAGAAGCAGCUAUAAAAGAACUUCGAGCGCUGCUGCACGCCAGCCCCGAGCUUAACUUCAAAGAUGACGAUGAUUUCCUGUUGGUGUUCCUGAGAGCAUGCCACUUUUACCCACAGAGUGCGUUAAAAAAGAUGAAAUCAGUUGCCGCUUUCCGAAAGAAUUACGCCAACCAAGUUCGGGGAAUUCUUAUUGAAAAUCUCAAAGACAAAUUCAUCCAAGGCAAUGUUAUAAACGUCCUCAAGAAUCUAGAUCAACAUGGACGACGUGUAAUUAUUUUACAUAGUGGAGCUGUUUGGGAUCCAUCUUUUAUCUCGGCUGAUGAAUCCUUUCAAUUACUCUAUGCAACUCAUCUUAUGGCUUUACUGGAACCAGAAACACAAAUUCGAGGUGUUGUGUGCAUUCUGGAUUUCGAAGGACUUUCAUUUAAACAAGUCAAAUCAUUGACUCCACCUUGUUUGAUACGUGUGCUGACGUUUAUUCAGGAUGCAUUUCCGAUUCGUUUGAAGGAAGUUCAUAUUAUGAAGCAGCCUUAUAUAUUUAAUGUAGUUUGGUCACUCGCUAAACCACUGAUUCAGGAAAAACUUCGGAACAGGAUAAUCUUUCAUGGAAACGAUAUGAAAUCCUUGCAAAAAUAUAUAGAACCUGAUUAUUUACCGAGGGACUACGGAGGUUAUCUUCCAACCAUUGAUUAUGGAGGCUUAGAAUGGUACUCCGCUGUUGAGAUUCAUCGAGACUAUGUCCGAGAAUGGUCAGAACUUGGUCCUGCCAAGUGGUGAUUUUUGUAAAGAAAUUAAUCUAGUUUUAUAAGUAAAUUUUUGUAUCAAAAA